AAUAAGAGUAGAGAAAAGGAAGCCAAACCCAUCCAACCAACUAGGAACUGCCCUUCCCCCGACAACUCAUUUCUUAUAAUUUGAAAAUAAAAAAAGGGGUUUAAAAUCCGAAGAAUUUGUUGGUACUGUUUAGUUUCUCUUCUCUCUCCGCAGCACGCACUACUUGGUUUGACCCACCUUCACUUUAGAGUUUAGAGUUUAGAGAGAGAGAGAGAGACUCCUUUGCGUUUCAUUUCCUUCCAACUUCCACACCCUUUCUCUCUCUUCUCUCUUCCCUCGCACUUGGCUUCCUUCAUUUCAAUUCCCAAUUCCUCUCUUCUUCUGCCCCAAAGGCAGCACAAGGGAUUGCAGUGCUGCGAUGGAGUUCGUGGGAAAAACAGUUAGGAAAGAGGUGAAGGGGGUUGGGUUUAUCUCUGGAACAGUGAAAUCCUACGACCCUUCCUCUGGUUUUUUCGAGAUCGUUUACGAGGAUGGUGAUUCUGAGGAAUUGGAGUCUUCUGAGGUGGCUUCUCUUCUGCAAUUUCAACCGGAGAGUGUCAAGGCCAAGCCUCGGGUUGGUCGGAAACCUAAGAAGCGCCGCCGUGUCGAGCAGAAGCCGGAUGCUGGAUCCCGUUCAGGUAAUGUUAGCGAGAAUUUGGUGGAGGAUGGUAGUGACUUUAGGGGGGAUUUGGAUGGGAAUGUUUCUUCUGCUGGUGGUGGGGAUUUGGAUUUAGGAUGUGCGGGGAUUGAUAGAGCCAUUGAUGUCGAUGUUGGGAAUGGAGGGAAUUCUAUUGUCAAUGUUAAUGGGAGUGUGAAGGAAAACGGGGGUGGAGAGGACAUUGGUUUUGAGGAUAGUUUGAACAAGAGUGUCGAUGCUAAUGGUAGUUGUGUCAAGGAUGCGCUUGAUUUGAAUGCUAGGCUUAAUCUCAAUGAGGAUUUUAAUCUGAAUGAUGCUUGUACUUUGCCUCUUGACACUGAGGAUGGUUUUAAUAGAAGAGAUUGUAUUGAUUUGAAUUUGGAUGUAAAUAAUGAGGAUGAUGUCGGCGUGAAUGUGGGUUACCUGGGUUGUUCUGGUGGGGAGGUGUUGCAGCGGGAAUGUAAUUUUGAUUUGAAUGUCGAGGCAUGUGAGGAAGGUAGGGAAACUCGGUGUGAUGAUGACGGAAAUGGACAUUCUGAGGUGGGUGAUGCUUUGUUUAGUAGGAUGGGGCAGCUCCAAAAGGAAGAAGAGGUAAAUGUUAAUAAUAGUUCUGAAGAAAAUGAAGGUGUUAACGGUAAUUUGAAUCAUGUCUCUGAUGCUGUCAAAUUGGAGGGAAUUCAUGUUUCUGCUGCCCAUGCAGCUAAAGAUGGUUCUUUGUGUUUGGUUGAGGAAAAUGGAGGUGAUGAUGGCAAAGAUGUGGCAGCUAUUGAUUCUCAUCAGAUUUCAAAUGCAAUUUCGGUUAGGGAUUCUGAUUCUGUGGAGGCUCAGCGAGUUGAUUGGCCUUCUGAAGGUGGUGUUGCCGUAAUUCAUGAACUCCAAGAUGAUCCAGGAAGUCCGUGUAAACAAGGAAAUGGCCGAAGGAAAAGAAGAAAAGUAUCAGAUAAUCCACAAGCCACGCCAGAGACAGUUUUAAGGAGGAGUUCUCGUCGGGCAUCAGCUAGAAAACGGGUUUCAAGCACCAUACUAGUGGAGGUGACUGAUGAUCCUUUGAUGUCCUUGGAAACCAGUGCCUUAACAGGAGAAAAGCCUCUAAUCUCCAAUUCUCAGAAAUAUGAACAAUGCAGUGAUCCUCUUCCAAAGCUGCAAUUUCCCCCGUCUUCUACAAAUUUGAAUUUAGAUGGCGUUCCUGUUCUUGAACUCUUUUCUAUUUAUGCUUGUUUAAGAUCAUUCAGUACUUUAUUAUUUUUGAGUCCAUUUGAGUUGGAGGAUCUUGUAGCUGCCCUGAAGUCUGAAAUCCCAAGUAUAUUAUUUGACAGCAUUCAUGUUUCUAUUUUGCAAACUCUGAGAAAGAAUUUGGAAUACCUUUCCAAUGAGGGUUGCCAAUCUGCAUCCAAUUGCCUUAGGAAUCUUAGCUGGGAUUUUUUGGACCUGGUCACAUGGCCUAUUUUCAUGGCCGAGUACCUUCUGAUUCAUGGCUCAGGAUUUAAAACUGGUUUUGAUCUUAAACAUCUAAUGUUCAAAACUGAUUACUACAAACAACCUGUAACUGCAAAGGUUGAGAUUCUUCAGUAUCUAUGUAAUGAUAUGAUUGAAUCGGAAGCCAUAAGGUCAGAGCUUAACAGAAGAUCUUUGGUAACUGAGACUGAUGUGGGCUUUGAUCAGAAUAUGUAUUUUGACACUGGCAAGAAAAAGAGAGCUGUAAUGGAUGUGUCUGGUGGCUCUUGCUUGACUGAGGAGAAUGUGGAUGAUACAACUGACUGGAACAGUGAUGAAUGUUGCCUGUGCAAGAUGGAUGGUAGUUUAAUAUGCUGUGAUGGUUGCCCUGCAGCAUUCCACUCAAGAUGUGUGGGAAUUGCCAGUGACCAUCUCCCUGAAGGUGACUGGUAUUGCCCCGAGUGUGUAAUUGGCAAACACAUGGCUUGGAUGAAAUCACGAAGAUCACUUCGAGGAGCAGACUUAUUAGGGAUGGAUCUGGAUGGCCGUCUCUAUUUUAACAGCUGUGGUUACCUGUUAGUGUCAAACUCAUCUGAAGCAGGGUCAUUGUUCAAUUAUUACCACAGAAAUGAUCUACAUGUAGUAAUUGAAGCUCUAAAAUCUAUGGAUCCUUUAUAUGAAGGCAUACUAAUGACUAUCUAUAAGCAUUGGGAUAUCAGUGCUAACUUGAGUGUGGGGGAUAGUGUCUUUAAUCGGGCUAAUGAUCAAAGAAAGUUGGACGAAAAUUCAACUAUUGACAGUUGUAUGCAUCUUGUCCAAGAGUUUCCAAAAGCUGGGAACCGCCUAGACUCAACGACCACCAUAGAAAGUCCUUGUGUUGCUUCAGAUGGAUCAGCUGAUACCACACAGACUAGAACAGGCAUCGACAAUGUUCAGAUAAAUGGGCUCAAUGAUUCCAAUAGAUGUGAUGAAUCCUUGAAUCAGCCAGGAAUACCAGAAAGAUGCCAUCCUGUUGGUGACUGUUCUUUGACAUCUUCCAGCUUAGAUGUGGGACGUAAAAUAAACUUAAGAUCUGUAGGUUCUAGUAUUACCCCCUCCAUGGACAAUAAGGAUACUUCAGAAGUACCUCGUGGAAUUGACUACAUAAACUAUUACAGCUUUGCCCGAACAGCUUCAUUUGUAGCACAGGAGUUGAUGUGUAAGUCACCUGAAAAGAUGAAUAAGAUUUUUGCAAUGUCUGAAGAAGAAGUUAUGUCAGACCAAGCAAAGGUCAUUACGAAGAAAUCUACUAACUUUUGCUGGCCAAGUAUUCAGAACCUGAAUGCAGCUGCCCACAAGGAAAAAUGUGGGUGGUGCUUCACUUGCAAAGGUGAAAAUGAAGACAGGGAUUGCUUGUUUAAUUCUGUGGUGAAGCCUGUUUGGGAAGUGCCUAAUAAUAUUUUAGUUGGGCUUCAACCCAGGAAGAUCCAGAAUGGACGUCUUAGAGAUAUCAUAUGUCUUAUCUUCUCUCUUGAGGUUCGAUUACGUGGGCUUUUGUUGGGUCCAUGGUUGAAUCUGCAUCAAACUAAUCUUUGGCAUAAGGAUCUUUUGAAGACAUCUGAUUUUUUUCCUGUUAAACGAUUAUUGCUUCUUUUAGAAUCCAAUUUGUGCCUUCUUGCACUUUCAGCAGAUUGGUUAAAGCAUGUGGAUUCUGUUGCUACAAUGGGAUCUGCUACACAUAUUGUGGUCAGUUCAUCACGCACAUCUUCAAGGCAUGGUAUUGGAAGGAAAAGGGCCAGGAACUCAGAUAUUGAAACCAGUUCAUCUUCAAACACUGCUAGUGGUUUGGGAAUGUACUGGUGGAGAGGUGGCAGGCUUUCCCGAAAAUUGUUUAAUUGUAAGGCUUUGCCUCAUUCCCUGGUUACCAAGGCUGCUAGACAAGGUGGGUGUAGGAAGAUACCAGGCAUUUUAUAUCCUGAGAAUUCAGAUUUUGCACGGAGAAGCAGAUUUGUUGCCUGGCGAGCUGCUGUUGAGAUGUCAACAAGUGCUGAGCAGCUUGCUUUACAGGUUAGAGAGCUUUAUUCAAACAUAAGGUGGCAUGAUAUUGAGAACAACUAUUCCCUAUAUGUGUUGGACAAGGAAUCUAGAAAAUCAGUCAGGCUGUUCAAAAAAUCAAUCGUACGCAGGAAGUGCACUGAAGGGGGAUCUGUGAAAUUCCUUAUUGAUUUUGGGAAGAGAAGGGCUAUUCCAGAUGUUGUUAUUAAACAUGGUUCUUUGUUAGAACAAUCUGCUAGUGAGAGAAAAAAAUAUUGGCUGGAGGAGUCUUAUGUUCCAUUGCAUCUUCUAAAGAAUUUUGAAGAAAAAAGAAUUGUCCGCAAGUCCACUGAUAAGAAACUUGGAAAAAUUCUUGAGAUUGGUAGAGUAAACAAGAAAAUUCCUCAACAAAGGGGAUUUUCAUAUUUGUUUACCAGAUUGGAAAGAUCUGAUUGUCAUCAGUGCAGGCACUGCAACAAAGAUGUUGCAAUGAGGGAUGCUGUGAGGUGCCUUCAUUGCAAAGGAUAUUUCCACAAGAGACAUGCAAGGAAAUCAGGUGGCAAAAGAACUACUGGAAGCUCUUAUUCAUGUCACAGAUGUCAAGAUGGGUUGCAUGCAAAGACUAAUACUAAUAAAAGGAAAGUUGACUCAAAACUGCAGAAGAUUCAAGCAAAGAAACGUAAAACUGUGCCUUCAGUUUGUAAACCAGUGAAUCUCAAGGGCAAUAAAAAGGCAUUGAGUAAUAAUAAGAUACGACAGGCGAGAUCUCGAAACAGUAAGAAUAUCCCAUCAAGUAUACCUCUUCGCCGUUCUACUAGGAAGGCCAAAUCCUUGUAUAUGCAAAGUCAAUUGAAUGGAGGACAUAAAAAAGGAAAAAAGAAUGUGGGACGUAAAAAGGGAAAGCAAGGUAAAACCAAGAAGGUGAUUCCUCAAAAGUCCAAAGAAACUACUGGUCAAUAUAAGAAGUCGGAAGUUACUACUGCACGUAAGAAGAGAACAAAAAUCUGUAACAGUUAUUGGCUUAAUGGUCUUCAGUUGUCUAGAAAGCCAAAUGAUGAACGAGUAAUGCUGUUUAAAGAGAAAAAGCGUGUUGCCUCCUCUAAAGAUUUCUCUGGCUCUCUUGAUCAUCCUAAAUGCUGCCUUUGUUGUGGAAAUGAAUGCACCUUGAAUUAUAUUGCGUGUGAAAUCUGUGGAGAUUGGUUUCAUGGUGAUGCUUUUGGCCUCAAUGUGGAGAAUGCCAGACAACUUAUUGGAUUUAAGUGCCAUGUUUGUCUUGAUAGAACUGCUCCAAUCUGUCCCCAUUUGAAGGUUAAUGCAUUGUCUUGCACUGAAAGCAAUGCUGCAAUUGAGUGUGGAGAGGAGUUAUCCAAUCCUGUUUCUCUCCAACCUUUAAGUGAGGUUUGAUGAUUUGCAUUGAAAAAGGACAUGGCGGGACAUCAGAUGCCAGCUUCUUGUAGGGUUGUUUUUCUUCCUGCAGGAUUUGAUGGCAAAUGAUUUUUGUUUAUAAAAAAAAAGUGUCGUUAGACAGGUUUACCGUAGGAGGAAUGAUUGCUUUAUCCGGCUUUUUCUCUGUUGCCUUCUAUUUCAACUGUCGUCGAAAGGGAAAGAAGAAUAAUGAAACAAGCAUGCUUAGCUCAAGAGGCUGAAGAUAAUUGUAAUCAGGACAUAGUAGAGUAUAUACAUCAAUUGCAUUCAUGAUUGUUAUCCUAACCCAUCAGCAUUCUUUGUAGCAUUCUUUAAUGUAGGGUCUUUUUCGUCACUAGAACUGAUUUCACUGAUGUCUUGUCAAACUCUUUUGAAAGACUGGAGUAUAUAAAUCAUAGCAGAUCUCACUAAAGAGAAUAUUGUUCAUUGCAGAUAGUAAAUAGAAUCAGUAAAUAGAAUCUUGCUCUGCAAGAGAUGUUUCUGCUGGUUUUGCCGUUGUCUUGGUGAAAACUGAAGCAUAUGGGGAAGGGGGAAUUUCCUGGGGUGUCAUGAACCAGUUGAAAGUUAUUUUCGCUUUCGUGUCCACCCGAGUUCCAAAGUGUAUAUGCAUCAAUUUGACAUUCUGAUUCCAAAGUGCAGCAAAUAUGAAUUGGAAUUGUAGUUUUUUUAUUAUUUAAAUCUGGUUUUUAUGUA